AUGUUAUGCUCAUUUGUUGAAGGGAAAAACGAGAAAUGUGCGGUGUACCAUCCACAAACAACAAAAGAGUGCGGAAAGUUCGGUGCAUUCAGAAUUUAUUUGAAAGAGUUGAAAAACGAUCCUUUUACUGGUGUAAAGCACACCGUUUUUGAUCACACCGUUUUUGAUGUAAGAAAAAACAGAAAGUUAGUUAGCUAUCAAUCUUCUCUACUAAUUUGUUCGGAAUUAAGAUCUUUUAGGAUUUCUUGUGUUGUCCAUCACUUUUUGUACACCGAUUGGCCUGAUCACACUGCACCCAUGGAUGCAGCUCCGAUAGUAGGAAUGAUGAGAUAUGCCCGUACGUUAGCCAAAGGAAAUCCUAUCACAGUUCAUUGUUCUGCCGGAAUUGGCCGUUCGGCUACUUUUAUUGGUAUAGAUUAUGCAAUGCAACGAAUACAACGAGACUCUAAUGUAUCUAUGAUCGAUAUCCUAAAGGAACUAAGAAAUCAGCGAUACCAAAGUGUACAGGGCAUUAUUCAGUACAUUUUCCUGCACAUUUGUGUUCUGGAAGGAUUUGCUUACGUAAGCGGUUCCAGGACCAAAAAUUAAUU